UGUGCCACUUUCGGGUCUCCUCACACUGCUGCCAGGUCCAUACUGAUUCAUGGCCCCCUGCCUCUGUAUGGCCUUCAAUUUAAGCUGCUUACGCUUCGCCACUCUGCCAUGGGCCCCUGUACCGCCUCCUGUUGCUGCUGCCAGGUCCAGAGUGUGUCAUGGGUCCCUGUACGGCCUCCCAUUGCUGCUGACUUCAUCGCCAGACUCUGCCAUGUGCCACUUUCAGGUCUCCUUACACUGUUGGUGGGUUUCCAUUUUGUGAUAGGGUGCUGUAUGGCCUUCCAUUGCUGCUGCCUCCACCGCCACCCUGCGCCAUGUGCCUCU